AUGAAGGCGGCACCCAUAAUCGUCAACUGGCACGCCGAGAACGCCCCCAUAUACUCUGCAGACUUCCAGCCGCAUGGUAAGGGGAGAUUGGCUACUGGAGGGGGAGAUAAUAAUGUCCGGUUAUGGAGAAUAGAUGCUGAGGGAGAGGACAGAAAUGUCGAGUACUUAUGCACAAUGGCCAAGCAUAUUCAGACUGUCAACGUGGUACGCUGGGCUCCCAGAGGCGACGUCCUGGCUUCCGCUGGCGACGAUGGCAAUGUCAUCAUUUGGGCUUUACACUCGAAGAAUGCAAAGCCUGUAUUUGGGGAGGACGGCACCGAAGACAAGGAGACAUGGAGACCGAAGCACAUGUGCCGCUCGUCAGGCCACGAAAUAUACGACCUGGCGUGGUCUCCCGACGGAGUCUACUUCAUUACUGGAAGUAUGGACAAUGUUGCGAGAAUCUACAACGCUCAGACUGGACAGCUGAUACGCCAAAUCGCCGAGCAUCAACAUUAUGUUCAGGGCGUAGCUUGGGAUCCCCUUAACGAGUACAUUGCAACCCAGUCCUCUGAUCGCUCUGUGCAUAUUUACACGCUCAAGACGAAGGAUGGGGCAUACACGUUGGAUAAUCGAGACGAGGAUCUCCGCAGUGUUGGCAAGAACUUGAGGAUGGAUCUGCCAGGUCGACGAAUCUCUUCUCACAGCCCAGCUCCCCCAGAGAUGGGCCUGCGCCAACAAUUCGCCGCAGAAAUGUCGACUUCUGCUAUUCUAGGCUCUCCAGUUCCAUCAUGCCCGGGUACUCCAACCUCUAUCGCUCUGCCAAUGAACCCACCCAGUACGAUCAGUCACAGCCGCAGAUCUUCAUUUGGACCCUCCUCGCCGUCUAUGUCUAUGCGGAGAUCUGCUUCUCCAGCACCAUCAAUACCUCUCCCAGCGGUCAUGCCUAUGGAGGCCUCACCCAAACCAUACAGCAUUGGGCUGGGAGUCAAGAAUGCGCACAUAUACUCAAAUGAUACCCUCAAGUCCUUCUUCCGCCGAUUGACCUUUACCCCGGACGGAAGCCUCUUGUUCACACCAGCUGGUCAAUACCAAUCGCAAUUAAAGGGUACGGAGGAGUCUGCAAAGACGAUUUACGAGGUCACAAACACCGUGUACAUUUACUCAAGAGGAGGCAUCAAUAAGCCACCAAUUGCACAUCUCCCAGGACAUAAGAAGCCAUCUGUGGUGGUCAAGUGCUCCCCGGUCUACUACACUCCCCGAAAAGCUUCGCCUCCGACCAAAAACAUCACAAUCGACACAUCAUCAGAGGACACCAUGUCAGCCUUGCCAGACCCGGUCAUUCCCAAGUCGGCAACACCAUCCGUAAUGGAUCCCCCGCCUACUCUACCUCAGACCGACUCUUCGGGGCCUACUUCUUCUCCAAAGCCUAAGCCAGUGGAAAUGGACACACACUCGUCCGCUGCACCCGGACCGAUGAUGGCUUUCUCACUUCCAUACCGAAUGGUAUACGCCGUUGCGACAGAGGAUUCGGUUCUGAUGUACGAUACUCAGCAACAAACGCCAUUGUGUAUCGUCAGCAAUCUCCACUGUGCGACAUUCACCGAUCUGACUUGGUCCAACGAUGGCCUAACACUUCUCAUGACAUCCUCGGACGGCUUCUGCUCAACUCUGACUUUCGCUCCGGGAGAACUAGGCCAAGUCUACACCGGCGACGUCCCCACCGCAAAACGCCCAUCUCUCAGCACUGCCGCCUCCUCGUCCCAAAACACUCCUAUGGCAACACCGACCGCUGUCGCACCAUCCUCACCUUUCUCCGGCCACAAGCGCACUUCGUCUACUGUAGCGCCCUCUCCCCUUGCCGCCCCUUCCCCUUCCAUCCGUCCCUCUUCGCCGACUCGCUCAAAUUCCACCUCGUCCGUCGCUACGCAAUCUUCUCACGCACCUGGCACUAUUAUCAGCAAUCCUACGCUGGUCGGGAGUAGUAUGCCUGGAGUUACAGCUGGUAGCAAUGUUGGGUUUGUAGGUGGUGUCCCAAUCGCCACGCCACCACAGACGCCGCUGAGUACGAAUGAAGGCGUGAGUGGCGCCAAGCGCGAUGCGAGCGAGAGUCAGCGUGAUGACGGAGUGGAGAAGAAGAGAAGACGGCUUGCGCCAACGCUUGUUCCUGCCGAGGAGAUCGAUCCGGCUUCAGCUCCGGCUGGAGGAUCAGGUCCUUAA